AGAUUGUUCUGAAUUCUAACUCCCUGGGAAUUGAAAAUGGCAUCUAAAGGAAAGUCAGCGGAAAUUGAAGAUCCCUCGAGUGCAAAAUCUAAGUCGAAAGCAGAGAAAGAAAAGCUGAAAAAAGAAGAGGAGGAGCGCAAAGCAAGAGAGGAAGAAGAGGAGCGACUGCGUCUGGUCGAGGAGGAGAAAGAGAGGAAGCGGCGGGAGAAACAAGAGCGAGUGGAGAGGGAAAAGAGGGAGAGGGAGUUGGCAAUCCUGAGGCGGGAGGAGUACUCCGAGUUGAGGGAGAAGCUGGCCAACAUCGCCAACGAACUCAUCGCAUAUCAGCACAAAAUAAAGGAGGCGCAGGAGUGGGACAGAUAUGUGCGCUGUGAUGGCACACCCGACCCUACUAUUCUUGGCCAGAUCAACACGUACAUCAAUUUGAACACAGAAGAAGACACCAACAUUGAACUGAAAGAGGCACUCGACAAGAACCAUCUCACUCUUGCUUUAAUUGACGAGCUGUUCUACAAAGUGCGACAGGCGAGUGGGGCUAAUAUGGUGAGAAAUAAGCAGCAGAUAGAGCAGUUCCACAAUACCAUCAUCCAACUGCAGGCACUAGUGUCCGACUACAUAGACAACGCCACCCUCACCACUCUAGAAAAAGCGGUGUACAUGGCUGACAAGGACUCUGGAAAUCUGCAGACUGUGUCGAAAAAUGACGAAGUAACUGUCACAUUAUGGGCUAAUUUGGCGAAGAACGCAAAAAUUCGCUCCUUCAUGUUCGAAGAAGAAGGUGUGGGUUUUGAAAUCCCACGUACUAUGGCCACAAGUGACAUUUCGCUCCGAUUUGUCCUCACCAAGUACGACCAUCAUAGCUACAGAGCCACAAGCAGUCCGGCGAUGAGACGUAGGGUGAAGAUGCCAGAGCUACCUGAGACGGAGGAGCCACCCCAGAACACGGAAGUCGCAGAGGCGCCUGGAACUGAAAGACAGAUGAGUGAGACUGAGAGGUCCACUGCUGCUCCGGACGACCCUGUCAUGGCACUACUAGGCGGCUCUGUGAGUUUUGUGACUUACAAUGUCUGCUGGCUAUGUUAUUACUCUUGCUAUAAGCAAGGGUACUGCAACCGGGUACUAGACAUUUUUUUUCCCGUAAAUAACUUUGUCGACAGGACUCGUCUGGAUUCCUCUCUACCUUGUUUCAUAUUGGAGAAGCUGGCCAACAUCGCCAACGAACUCAUCACAUAUCAGCACAAAAUAAAGGAGGCGCAGGAGUGGGACAGAUAUGUGCGCUGUGAUGGCACACCCGACCCUACUAUUCUUGGCCAGAUCAACACCUACAUCAAUUUGAACACAGAAGAAGACACCAACAUUGAACUGAAAGAGGCACUUGACAAGAACCAUCUCACUCUUGCUUUAAUUGACGAGCUGCUGUUCUACAAAGUGCGACAGGCGAGUGGGGCUAAUAUGGUGAGAAAUAAGCAGCAGAUAGAGCAGUUCCACAAUACCAUCAUCCAACUGCAGGCACUAGUGUCCGACUACAUAGACAACGCCACCCUCACAACUCUAGAAAAAGCGGUGUACAUGGCUGACAAGGACUCUGGAAAUCUGCAGACUGUGUCGAAAAAUGACGAAGUAACUGUCACAUUAUGGGCUAAUUUGGCGAAGAACGCAAAAAUUCGCUCCUUCAUGUUCGAAGAAGAAGGUGUGGGUUUUGAAAUCCCACGUACUAUGGCCACAAGUGACAUUUCGCUCCGAUUUGUCCUCACCAAGUACGACCAUCAUAGCUACAGAGCCACAAGCAGUCCGGCGAUGAGACGUAGGGUGAAGAUGCCAGAGCUACCUGAGACGGAGGAGCCACCCCAGAACACGGAAGUCGCAGAGGCGCCUGGAACUGAAAGACAGAUGAGUGAGACUGAGAGGUCCACUGCUGCUCCGGACGACCCUGUCAUGGCACUACUAGGCGGCUCUCCAGCGCCCAAUGAGCAGGACGAGGCCGCAUUGAACAGUGAAGAAGUUAAUCAAGAUGAAAAUGGUAAAGAGAAACCAGAAGGAGCCAAUGAUGACAAGGAUGAACAGAAUCUGUUGUCGAGGAAGACGAGUGUGUUUGGGGCGUUCUGCUGCUUCCAGGAUGCGUAUGUCAACAUGCCUCUGCAGAAGUGGGAGAUGAGACCGAAGGGUCAGGGGCCGAACAACCUCAUCAUCACCAUCAAAUCCACUGUGGCCGAAAUUGAACUGGAGAUAAAGGAUGACAAGUACAGAUUGAACUUCCACCCAGAGAGGGAGCAGAUGGUGAAGGAGUUGGCACCCAUGUGUGGGGAGUGGAUUGAGCCCCUGGAGUUGGUGGACAGACUGUCCUCCAUUGGACUCAACAUUUUCCCGCAGACAUACUCACACGAGUAGGUCAGCAUAUGCGAAAAGGACCUGGAGUCGGAGCGAUUCGUGUACCAGCAGAUGGCUCUAGUGGCAUCUGGGGUCUCCUUCACCUGGAGCAGAUUGAACGCGGAGGAGAUCCUCACCCAAGACCAAAUUGUGAUACAUGCACAUGAUGAAAUGCAGCCACUCAACGAGUCCGGAGAGGAAGACUGGUGUCUGCUGCUUCUGGGUCGUGAACAGAAGUACAGACUGGCAAUCGAUGAAUUUGCGGAGACCUUCUUCACAGAUGUGGCGCAAGGACAGCAGGUGCACUUCGACAUGAUACACUUGGUGGAGCCAUGGCUGAGUGAGAAAUCAAUGGAGAAAAUAGUACAGUCCAUUCCUGUCUUCAUAGACACAGUAUAACAAAUGCUAAUGGCAACCAAGCUCAUCACUUUCUCCGGAGGAAAAAGUAUAAAGUUUUGAGAACUACAGAAAAUUUAUCUUGUGUAAAAAUAGAUUUUAGAAUUGCAAAUUGUAAAUAAGAGUUUGUACAUAGUUCACGAAAUGUACAUAGAGCUAAAAUUGUAAAUCAUUGAACCAU